UCUCUCUCUCUCUCUCUCUCUUUUUCCCUCCUCGGUCCACGCUCGUUGAUUGAUAUUGGCAUCUGUACUUAUUGUUUUAGAUAUUUUUCCGACCAACCAGACCCUCGCUUGAUUGCCCCUGUUCUUCGUUUCAUUAUACGUUUUGCAGUUUGCUGUGCACCCAGUUUUUAUCCGGUUUCAAGUUCUCUUACCCUCUCUAUACAAUGUCUAAGACAGUACAGUACGGAACUUUCCCACCUCCGCUGCCAGAUUCUGAUGAAGAAGGGGACUCGAAUAUACCAAAGCAGGGUGAUGUUGCUUCUACAUCGCAACCGACCAACGCUUCUGCCGCACAGCCACAGCCUGGUGGGGAUGGUGAGGCAACAGAGCAUGCGUCAAGGCCACAGACUGGCAUUUCAAAUCCAGCCCCGGCAGGGCCUUCGACGGCAAUGACAGAACCCUCUGCAGAGCUCGUUGCUCAGGCUAAAACCACGAAUCCGGGCCCGGCAGAGUCUUCUACGGAAGCAAUGGAGCCUCUUAAUCAAACUGGCACAAAUCCAGCCCAGGCAGAGACCUCUGCAGCAGCACCAAGUCGCCCAAUAGAGCCCGUUACCCAAGCCAGUGUUACAAAUUCAGCACUAGGAGAGCCCUCUACAGUACCGAUAGAGUGUCCAUCGGAGCAUCUUGCUCCGACAGGCAUAACGAACCAAACUCAAGCUGAGACCUCUAUGGCGGCAACGGAGCACCCCGUGGAGCGCGUUCGUCAAUCUGAGAUCACAAAUACCGCCCCGGCAGAACCUUCCACAGCAACAGGGAGCCUGUCAGAGCCUGUUGGUCAGACUGGCACAGCAAACCCAGCUCAGACAGAGAUUUCCGCAGGCUCACAUCAGCCCACCGAAGCAAGAGUGACGCAAACGGAACACUCUGUAGCGGGAGGCCGCAGUCACACAACGUCUGCGCCUAGGUUUAUGGCUUCUGGAGGCAUUGUGGCACCGACCGAGCCUUCGUCAAGUCAGUCCCAACCAGAGGAAUUCCGGGGGAGAGCACGCUAUCGAGGCGAACAACCACGACGUUUUCAUACUCCAACAGCCGGUCCUGGACUCGCCAUACCCGGAACACAUGGCGAAUUCGCUCAACUUGACCCAAAUGAUGAGCCUCGAUCCCAUGUGGGUAUGUUACCGAAUUAUGUGCACCCUAGACCAAUUACCGCCGCUCAGCUUCCACCUUGCGCUGCGUUCCGGACAUUAUUUAAUGUAACAACCCCCGAAUUUAGUGCAUUUUUGCAAAAGGUCUUAGACGAUGCGUUCCAGGCAAUUUACCAAAGGGGCCCAUCUACAAGGCGGGGCGAGAUAUAUCCUAGACCGCGACACUCUCCUGGCUGUAGGCCCAAGUGUUUCUUCUCCCACCAUCAUAUUAACAGGGAUCCUGACCCAGCUUGGUUGAACGAACUACGAGAACAGCGGGAUGAAAUUCCGCGCGAUGCUGAAGAAGACUGGUUCGCUAGGAAAUCUGAGCAUAAGGACAAGAGAAGUCGUGGCAAUGCUACCUUUGAAGAUAUGAGACAGUACUGGAAGAACGGACAUACUACAUACCUUCCGGAAUAUGUACCUGGAAUUAAAGUGACCAAUAUACACACGUACGAUUGCGAGGAUGUGCGCUUAACCCACUGGAGGGACGUGACUGCGGAAAUUUGCUGGAUCGAACGCCAUUCAGGCCUUUGUUCCUCGAAGCGUAUCUUCCCCGUGAUGGUUCUCACUGCUGCUAGAUCUUUUAAUCCGGAACACCUUGCGCGAUCGGAGACUCAACUACCAUCCUAUGCAGAGACAGCUGACCCCCGUCGGCCAAAGCAAACCUAUGCAGAUGUUACACCAGAGGGAAGUCCUGGACAUCCUGCAAAUGGUAAUAACACUUCAACUGAAGCUAGGGGCUCUGCAAGAUCUCAACCAGUUUCUGCUGAGACUGGAAGUCCAAGAAGUUUCCAGACUGCAGCAGCGGAAGCCGGGAGUUCAAGUAAUGUUAGGCCUACACCAAAAGCCGGAGUUUCGAUGAGUCUCCCAAAUAUACCUGGUACAGCUGGAAGAUUUGGAAGCUCGGUAGACAAUACUUAUCCUCUCCGAUCUGCCUCCGCUGAUGCUCGUGGCUCAAGGGACAUUCAACCUGCAUCGACAGAAGCUGGAGGUUCUAGGGGAUUCGAGAAUACACCCACUACAUCCGGAGUCUCGAGAGAUAUUAAUCCCCUCCAGACUACCCCGGCCGAGGUCGGGGGCUCAGGGGACACUCAAUUUGCAUCGGCAGAAGCCAGGGGUUCGAGGGGACUCCAAAGUACUCCCGCUACAGCUGGAAGCUCGAGAGACGUUAACCCCCUCCAGACUACCCCAGCCGAAGCCGGGAGCUCAAGAGAUAUUCAACCCGUGCCUAAUGAAACUGAAAACCCGGAAAAUACCGACCAGUCCGCCCAACAGAGGAGACCGGAGCAGGGCUCAAAUUCCCAGGCUGAGCCGCCUGAUCCACAGCACCCAUCUAGGGGUGUCCCAAAUGGAUGGUUGGACUCUCUCCUUGUUGUGCAUCUUCCUCUCCUGCAUACAUGCCUUAACAACCAGCCGAGAAUACAUCGUAUUAAGAGGACAGUGUACCCCUCGUACGUCUCGGUUGGGAUGGUAAGACAGUUACCCAGGCUCCAGGCACAGAGGAAUGGCAGAUUUGAAUGGUUGUUUACAGUUUCAGCAAGGCCGGAGAGUAGAUUUCUAUUCCCACGCUGGUUGAAGAACCUGUACAUCGGUAUGCCACAUCUCAUCAAGGAUGAGCCCGGGGAAUUCAUGAGGAUGCUCACUUGGCGUCGUUUCAACCCGAGGACCCCACGGAGAAGAUCUUUAAUCCGAUGGUAG